AUGGCCAUCGCUGGCGCCCAACGGAAGCAGGUGCUGAAAGUGCUGAUGCUUUCGCUGUUGAUCGACCUGAUCUCAUUUACAUUUAUUCUACCGCUGUUCCCUUCCCUGCUGUCUUUCUAUCGCACCCAAGAUCCAUCUCCGGAUUCCCUGCUCAAUCGCAUAUUCCAUUACCUAAACGCCUACAAAAACGCCUUUGCGCGUCCCAUCAACUCGCGCUAUGACAUCGUACUACUUGGUGGGGCCCUGGGCUCAAUGUUCUCCCUCCUGCAGGCCUUCGCCGCUCCAAUCAUUGGCGGCUUGUCUGAUCGCUAUGGCCGGCGUCGUGCCCUUCUGAUCUCGAUGCUCGGCAACCUGAUGAGCGUACUUCUUUGGGUGUCCGCAAGGGAUUUCCGCACCUUCCUCGCCAGUCGCAUUGUUGGUGGCAUUAGCGAGGCAAACGUUCAAAUGGCCAAUGCCAUCGUGGCAGACAUCACCGACGUCGAGCACCGCGGCUCCUCCAUGGCAUUGGUCGGGGUAUGCUUCAGUAUUGCGUUUACCUUUGGCCCGAUGCUAGGCGCGGGACUAAGUACUGUGAACGUCGUUGCGGAAAACCCAUUCAUUGUCGCUGCAUUUGUUUCGUUGGUGCUGAUCCUGGUCGAGACACUGUACCUUUGGGCUUGCUUGCCGGAGACUCACCCUCGAUUGACCACGCUCCCAAUUGAAGGCGCAUCCGAGAAGAGGGAUGCGCCGAGCGCAGAAAAGAAGAGCUCCGUACCCACCAAGCACACCCACACUAACAAUCCGGCUCUGCUCAAUGCGCUCCACUUCCUCUUCCUGCUCCCGUUUUCGGGCCUGGAAUUCUCCCUUCCUUUCCUAACUACGACCCUUUACGCGGGAACGGCGACGACAGCUAGCCCAGCUGCUUUGAAUGGCCGCCUACUGUCUCUGAUGGGGCUGGUUGCCUCCCUCCUGCAGGGCACAGUCGUGCGCCGUCUUCCACCGCUGAUUACCCUCCGCGCGGGUAUCGUAGCAUGCGCAAUCUCCUUCUUCUGUCUCGCUCAUGUGACUACCCCAUCCGGUCUAUAUGCCGCCGGUGCGCUGCUGGCGGUGACUACUGCGACGGUGGUCACCGGGCUGAACAGUCUCGGCAGUUUUGAGGCGCAGGAUGCGGAUCGCGGCGCCGUGAUGGGUCGUUUGAGGGGAUGGGGACAGGCUGGACGAGCGACGGGUCCGAUCUUAUUUUGCUCCUUGUUCUGGUGGGCUGGUCGCGAGGCUGCCUAUACGGCUGGUGGGGCGGCCAUGUGUGUUGUUGCUGUUGCAGCAUUUGGGCUGCUCAAGUCGCCCGUUCAACAUAAGAAGACCGAGUAA